AGAAAUUUCCACAUCAUCCAAUAGUCUUUGAAUUAAAGGAAAAAAUGUUAAAUUUAGAGAAACCAAAUGGUAAUGAUGAUGAUUUAGAAAAACUUAUUAUAUCUGAAUUAUCAGUUAGACAAACAGAUGUGCAUCUACAAGUUAAGUUGCUCAAACAUUAUAUAGUAAAUCAUAGGCUUGAAGAUGCAUAUAAUCAAGCUGCUGGAAUAGAGGCAACACACAGUCACAGAAAUAAUAUUAUUUGGUAUCAGUCUUUAAGUGAAUUACUUAUGAAGUGUAAAGAAAGUAAACAAUCAGAUUGGACGUUUUGGAUAUUUUAUAUUUCUGUAUUAGAAAGAUAUACAGCAUUAUGUCUUAAAGAACAGGGUAAAGUUAUUAAAAAAAGUAUAACAGAUGCUGCACAAGCUGUAUUCAAUUUUGAUCAAAGUUUAUUUGAAUUUAAAUCAAAAAACUUUUCUAAUCAUCCUGCUUUUAUUGAACAUAUGUUAUUACAUAUGUGGGGCCAGUUACAUUUUCAUUUAGCAUGUUUAAUUUUACGAAAGACUAAAGCUGGAGGAGAUAGUUGGUCUGAAGCAGGAAGAUUGUGUGGACCACUUUUAUUGACUGCAUUACAUGUAACACCAAUUGAUCUUACUGCAGUAUGGACUAUGCAUUUGAAGGAUAGUCUUAAGAAUGAAAUACACGUGUGGUAUAGAGAAGGAUCAUAUAGAUGUAGCCAGGCUGGUCAUGUACUUCAAGAUUAUGCUCGAGAUAAUACUAAGAAAUUGUUAGAUAAAAUCGAUAAAUUUUGUACAAGUUCUUGGCGAGAUCGAGUAUAUCAAAGAAUCUUUAUUGGACGAUUGUAUCAAGAUGGUAAAACAACAUCAUAUUUUGUAAAUUGUUCAAUUUCAAAUCCGCCAUUACGUUUAUGCUCGUUUAGCGAGCUAAAACGAUUUGAUGAAAUAUCCGAAGAAGUGUGGCCAGAUUCACUACAUCACCAAGUUUGGCUUGGUCUAAGGGCUCGACCUUAUGGUUCGCAAAAUAAAGAUAAUGGGCCUUAUCCAAAUCAAACAUCACAUGUGUUUUGUGAAUUGCAGUUUUCUGUUUAUAAUUUACAUCAAGCAGCGCCUGAUAGUUUAAGUCGUGUUGAUAUUGAUGCAUUUUUAAAUUGUGCUAUCUACACUUCUUCAACAAUUGAAGAACAACAACUGAGUGGACUUUUAAAUCCUGAAAAAUUACCUACAUUGCCAGCAGAUCUUACUAAUACGCUUUGUACUUGUGCUCAAGAACAAUGGUGGUCCUAUGCCUAUAAAGUAUAUUCCAUGGAUAAACAAAAACCACUCGAUGAAGACCUUGGUGAAUUAAGAUUAGAACUACAAAGAGGUUUAGAAGUAGUUCGUUGUCUUGGAAAUCAUGGGUUGCAUCCUGUUCUGUUAGUUCAUUUAGCACGAAUAUUUCAUUAUAGAGCAGAGACAUUAAAAGAAAUAGAUCAAGAAAAUAGUGACAUACCAAACUUAGAAGCACGGUCUGAGAUGUACUGGUCAGCUGCGAUUCCACUUCUCGAAAGGCUACAAAAUAAUCAAGUUAUUCGUAUAACUAAUUCCAAAUUCUUCAACUAUCAAGGAAAAGAUAUGAAUAAUGCAGAAUUGAUUAAAGCUUUAGAAGAGGGUAAAUUGCUCUUGGCUCAACGAUUCGUACGUGGUAAACAAUAUGAAAAAGCAAUAUACGCGUUACAAGCAUUAAAAUGUCCAGAAGCUUCAUUUCAACAAGGUCAAAUGUAUGAAAAGCUUGCAGAUGAAAUUGUCAGUUUUAUACCUAAAGAAAGUUUAACAUCUGAAAUAAGAUCGCAACAUAUAAUCAUGCUUUCAAAAGCAAGAGAGUGUUUUUAUUUAACACUAGAUCGUUUACGUAGUCCAGGAACAAAUCCAAAUCACCCUUUGAACUCAGAACUUUCUACAUACAUCACUGACAUCGAAAAUAAAUUGAAAAGGAUCGAUCCAGAUCUUUCACGAGAUGAUUUAAGUAGAAAUGAGUGCGAUGGAAUGUCAAAUGAAAGUUAUUCCUCUGCCCAUAGUGGUGUGGAUCAAGCAGUUACAAAAAUAGCGUUACCAACAUUAACAGGAUUAAACGCUUCAAUUAACAUUCUUAAUACGCCGCAGAAAAAUGUUCAACGUACACCAAAACAAUCUAGCACUCCUUACAGACCACAGCACCAAGAUAUAUUGGAUUUAUCACGAAAUCGUUCUGAAGCACGUCCAAGUCCAGAACGUCUCGAUGCUCAAAUACGUUCAAUAAAUCAAAUGAUUCAAACAAAGGAUGGUAUGAUACAAUCGAUAACAGAGCAAAAUAAAACUAUUCUGGAGUUAAACAAGACAGUAAUGGAAAAAGUUGAGAAACUAGCAAAAGAAGUAGCAGAGUUGCGUAAAGAAAUUCAAAAACAACGUACUCAAACAGUUAAUAUUAAUCCCAAUCUAGAAGAAGAUUUAUGCAUUUUAAGUGAAGAUGAUUAUAAUGACUUAAAUUAUAAUGCAAAUCAAUCAGGCCCCGCGUCUUCGAUAUCAGGGAAUGUGUUUCAAUCUUCUCAUAGACAUCCAUAUUCUCAAUUGGUUUAUCCUUCAGCUACUUUUCAAGGAUAUUAUCCAACAGGAAUGUCAUUCAGUGAUCCAAAUGCGCAAGCUAUUCCUUCUUUGUAUCCUCCAAAUGUUUAUCCGAUGCCAGUAGUAUAUCCUAAUACAAGAUCCAAAAUGCCUGAAAAUAUUCUUCAACAAGGUUUAUUUAUGCCACCAACAAAUCAAUCACUGCAAAUUCCACUGCAAAAAGUAGAAACAUCAAAGCCAGAGACAACCAUAAAAGAUGCUCCUUUGAAUAAAGUACCACCGGUUAAUGUCGCUAUUACUACUUCUGAUACACUUCCAACUACAGUACCAAUUGUUCAACCAACACUUAGUGUAACAAUUCCUCCACAUUUUAGACAAGGAAGUUUUUUUACACCAAUUACCACAGAACAAUCUGUUCCUCAUUGUUAUCAAAUUUCCAUGCCUUCUCAAGCUAUUAUACCAACAACAGUAAACUUACCACCUUUAUCAAAUACUCUUAAAACUACUUCACCUAAUCUUUCUGUAUCAGAAACACCAAAGCAAGAUGCUACUACCUGCUCAACUGAAUCUCCAAAUAGUUCAGAUCAUGAACAAGAUCCAAUGCCAGAUUUUGUUCCUGUUAUACCAUUACCUGCAGAAGUUGAAGUUACUACUGGAGAAGAGGGUCAAGAGACACUAUUUUGUGGAGGAGCUACACUUUACCGUUAUGUAAAUAAUGAAUGGAAAGAACGUGGUACAGGCAAUGUUAAACUACUCAAGGACGAAGAAGGAAAAGUUCGUUUACUUAUGCGCAGGAAACAAGUAUUAAAAGUAUGUGCAAAUCAUUAUCUCACACCAGAUAUGGAGUUAACUGCUAAAUCAAAUAGUGAAAAGGCAUGGUUAUGGGGUGCAUGUGAUUAUGCUGAUGGAGAAUUAAAAUUAGAGAAGUUUUGUAUUAAAUUCAAAACUGUUGAAGAAAGCAUUUCCUUUAAAGAGCAUUUUGAUAAAGCCAAAGCAAGUCUUACUUCUGAAAAAGUAGUUGAAAGUACUGAUAAAGUAUCAUCUAACAUUAGUGCUACAUUAAGUAGUACUAAAAAAUUAGAAAAAACAAAAUUAGAGCCAAAAACUGUAGAACAAGCACCACUUAUUUUUGGACAAACGGUUCAAAAACAGUCUACUGAAAUGACAAUAGCAGAAACUGUUACACCAGAAAAGUCAAAAAUCAAUACAGCAACAACAGUUAUUGGUGGAUUUUCGUUUACAUCACCACCAAUUAUUCAGCAAGUAACUACUACUAAACCUUUAAAAGUUCCUGUUAAGUCAGAAGUUAGUCCAUUUGCUGGUUUUACAUUUAAUAAGAUUGCAACAAGUAUUGAAAGUUUUCCAACUAUGACACAAAAAAGUGCAACCACUGGAACAACAACUACAUCACAAUUUACUUUUUCAUUUACGAAAACAACUACACCUUUACAAUCGGGACCUACAACAGUUCCAACUGUUAGUAUUCAUAGCACGCCAAUUUCGUCUUCACAGCCAAUUAGUACUGCUGUUACCAGCGAAAAUAUUUCCCCGAAUACUCCACAAUUUUCAUUUAGAAGACGCCACGCCCCUGCACCAAAUGCUCUUGCUACAGCAUCUAAUAUUGUAGGUGUUCAAGGUACUGGUAAAUUUGCUAUGCAAACUAAAUAUGAAGAAAUACUGUUUAGUGAAAAAGUCAGUCUUUUAUAUUCUAAUAACAAUAUGAAACAAUGGGAACACAGAGGUACUGGGCAGAUGCAGAUUUUAUGGAGUUCGAAGAAGAAUAAAAUUCUUUUAUUAAUGAUAGAUGAAAGCAGUUCAAAAAUCUGCUAUAGUUAUAAUGUUCUUGCUAAAUCCCAAUUUACACUCAAAAGUGAUAACCAUCCAGUUGUUACUUGGAAUUUACAAAAUGGAACAGAUAAUGAAAUAGAAACAUUUGCAGCAACAUUUAAAACAUACAGUCAAGCAUCUCAAUUCCAUGAUAUUAUUACCAGUAAUCAGCAGAAGAUGGUAAAAGAUUGUAUUAUUGCUGAAAAUUUAAAAAAACCAGAAGCUAUUCCAAAUGUACAAUCAAAUAAAUCACAAGAGUCUUUAUCUGAAAUGUUUAAACCACCAGUAGAUUCAUGGGAAUGUAGUGCUUGUUAUAUAAGAAAUGAAGCACCAACUGCAAAAUGUAUAGCUUGUGAAACACCACGUGGUCCUGUAUCUAGUAAAUCAAGUACUUCAAAUACAAUUACUUCCAAUCAAGUACCUCUUUCACAAAUGUUUAAACCACCUGCUGGUUCAUGGGAAUGCAAUGCUUGCUACACAAGAAAUGAUGCAUCAAAUACAAAAUGUAUAGCUUGUGAGACACCAUGUUCUUCUGUAUUUGAUAAAUCGAGUACUUCAAGUACAACCACUUGGAAUCAAGUACCUUUUUCACAAGUAUUUAAACCACCUGCAGCUUCAUGGGAAUGUAAAUGUUGUAAUAUACUUAAUGCAGCUGAAAAUAACUACUGUGUCACUUGUGAUACCCCAAAAGAUCCUUCCCUUCCACCUAAACCAAAAACUGAUGGUUUUCAGAUAAGCACAAGUUCUUCUGGAGUUACACCCACAUUUACUUUUGAUAUUCCACAAAAUACUACUAAAAAAGAAACAAGUGGCUUUUUAUUUCAUUUAGGUAGUUCUAAUGAUGUUUCUACAGAUAGUAAAUCUGUAUCUCCAUUAGCUACAAAAUCUGACACAAAAUCUGAUACGUCAGGUGCAAAAUUUGUUUUUGGAAUGCAACAAAGACCGGGCACACCAACAAACAAAGAUUCCAAAUUUGAUUUUGGAACACCAGGAAAAUCUUUUGAAUUCAAUUUUGUUUCUAAGUCAUCUCCUACAAAGUCUGGUGGUGAAGAAAAUAGUGAGGAGGAGGUAGUAGAAAGUGAUGAUAUACAUUUUUCACCAAUAAUUCCAUUGCCAGAUAAAAUUGAAGUUAAAACAGGUGAAGAGGAUGAAGAAGUUUUGUAUAGUCACAGAGCCAAGUUGUUUAGGUUCGAUAAAUCGGUAAAUGAAUGGAAAGAACGUGGUUUAGGAGACAUUAAAUUAUUACGACACAAAAAUACAAACAAACUGAGACUAGUAAUGAGACGAGAACAAAUAUUAAAACUGUGUCUAAACCAUUUCGUGCUUCCGAAUUUGGAAUUAAAGCCAAAAGACGAAAAGUCAUGGAUAUGGAAUGCUGCUGAUUAUAGUGAAGGAGAAAUCGAGUACACUCUUUUCGCUUGUCGUUUUAAAACGUCUGAUAUCGCAAAUAAUUUCAAAGAUACAAUUGAAAAAUGGAAGAAGAAGCUUUCACUCUCUGAUAAAACAACUGAAAUCAAAGUAGAAGAAUCUACCGAAACUUCCACAGCGCAAGACAUCGAAGUUCUGUAUGAAAUGAAAGUAACAGCUGAAGAAAAGCAAGCUGCAUUGAAAUUACAGCUUCCAGAAAACUUUUAUGCAUAUAAGCAAAAACCAGAUUGUCCUGGAUGUAGAGGUUGUAAAGAAUCUGAUGCAUCGUUAUUUCCAGAUAGAGAUUCUAUAACAGCAGCAUCAAAAAUAUCUACAGAGGAUCAAAAGCUUCCAACAACAUCCGCUAUACAGUUUCUGCCAAAAUCUAUUAAUUUAAGCACCGCGUCUAAUGAAGUCUCAGUUGUUCAAACACCUAUUUCAAGUACUGGAAUAACAUCUUCUUCUAUUUUUAAACCUGGACUGUAUGGUACAGGCACACCACAAUUUACAACAUGUUCACUCCCUACAAUAAGUGGAUCAAUUAUAUCAUUUGGAAAUACUGAUUCUACUAUAUCGAAUGAUAAGAAAACUGGUUUUUCAUUUGUAAUGUCACCAUCUUCAUCCAGUUCAAACGAGAUACAGAAAUCUAUAACUGAUAAACAAAAUAUUUUAACAUCUGAAAAUUUAAAAAUUUGUAGUCCUAUUACUUCUCAAGCACAAGUAACAUCAACUACCGCUUUUUCAUUUAUAACACCAACAUCUAAAACAGUUACAACAUCUAUAUUUGGAAUGGCUAAGUUAGAUAAUACAGGAAAAAAUAUUUUCGGCGGAAUAUCGAAAAAAGAUUCUUCUGGAUUACUUAAACCUAGUUCUAUCAAUGUUAGUACAAAUAAUACUGAAUCAAUAUUUUCAAAUAAUCUCAACAUACAGUCAAAAAUAACUACAAAUACUACAACAAGCUUGUUUGGGGCAUCUACCAAAUCUACUAAUUCAGUAUUUACUAGUGCAUCGCCAUUUUCGACGAAUUUGGUUUUUGGUCCACGAACAACUGCAUCAGUUUUUACAAUUUCAAGCCCUGUAACAACUAAUGCUUUUGAAACAAUAACACAAACAACAAGUGAAGCUCAAAAAGAGAGUGAUAUUAGUUUCUUGCCAACAGCAAAUGUAUCAUUUUCAACUUUAGCAGCUAAAAGUUCUCAGCCAACAUUUAAAAUAGAUCCAAAUUUUGCUUUUGACGGUGCUGGAUCAGCUGUAUUUGGUCAAAAAACACAUGGAAUUGCUGAUAUAUCUGAGCAUAAAACAGAAACUACGGUAAAAAAGAAUGUUGAGAAUGAAGAAGAAGAAUGCGAACAAACUGAAAAUGAUGAUUAUGAUCCUCAUUUCGAACCUAUUAUACCUCUACCUGAUAUCGUGGAAGUGCAUACUGGAGAAGAAGAGGAAGAAAAAGUAUUUUGUGAACGAGCUAAAUUAUACAGAUACGAUAGUACAACGCGUGAAUGGAAAGAAAGAGGUGUUGGAAAUAUGAAAAUUUUACAUCAUGCAAAAUAUGGCCGUUACAGAUUAUUAAUGCGCCGAGAACAAGUUCACAAAGUAGUAUGCAACUUCUUAAUUACUCCAGACAUUGCAUUUAAUAGACUUUCUACGUCGCAUCGUGCUUGGAUAUGGGCAGGCAUGAAUUAUGCUGAAGAGCAACCACAUGUAGAAAGCUUAUCAGUCAAAUUUAAAACUGAAGAACUGGCAACAAAUUUUAAGGAUGCAAUUGACAAAAUUCAACAAACACUAAAUGAAACCCGAGAACAAAAUUCAGAAGAUAGUCCAGUAAUAGAAGAACCAGAAGAUGAGGAAAAUGAAGAAGUAGAUGAAGAAGAAUGUGAAGAAAAAGAGGAAGAUGAUAAUGAUGAUGAUGAUCAAAAUUCUAUUAUUUUUGAAAAGAGAGCUACUUUAUUUACAAGGGCAAGUAAUGAGAACCAAUGGGAACCUGUAGCAUCAGGAAAUUUAAUUAUUUACUCUGAUCCUAAUAUUUUUGAUCAAAAAAUAAUAUUAAAAGCAGAUGAAACUAAUAAAAUUGUGAGCAACACGAUUAUUAGUACAAAACCUAAAAUAGAGCUUAAUGGAGAAAAAUGUAUUUGGACAGCCAUUGAUUAUGCUCUGACACCACCAACAAAACGCACCUUGUGUGCUCGUUUUUCAUCAGUUUACAUUGCACAGGAAAUGUACAAACAUUUUGAAGAAGUAAGUAAAAAUAUAUAUAAUAUGUAA